AUGGGUCGUGUUCUGCUCAAGGUUAUCAUCCUCGGCGACAGUGGCGUCGGGAAGACUUCGCUCAUGAACCAGUAUGUGAACAAGCGAUUCAGCAACCAGUACAAAGCGACCAUUGGCGCGGACUUUUUGACGAAGGAAGUCAUGGUGGACGACCGCUUGGUGACCAUGCAGCUCUGGGAUACUGCUGGUCAGGAGCGCUUCCAAUCACUCGGCGUCGCGUUCUAUCGUGGUGCCGACUGCUGCGUCCUUGUCUACGACGUGAACAGCGCCAAAUCUUUCGAGACGCUCGACAGCUGGCGGGACGAGUUCCUCAUUCAGGCCAGCCCACACGAUCCAGAGAACUUCCCCUUCGUCGUUCUUGGCAAUAAGAUAGAUAUGGAGGAGAACAAGCGCCAGGUCACCCAGAAGCGCGCUAUGACAUGGUGCCAAUCGAAAGGCAACAUCCCAUACUUUGAGACCUCGGCAAAGGAGGCAAUCAACGUCGAGCAGGCUUUCCAGACCGUUGCAAAGAAUGCGCUGCAGCAGGAGGCAGAAGAACAGCUAUACGUCGACUACCCCGACCCCAUCAGGAUUGACCAAGAGAGCACGCGGAGCUUUGGCUGCUGCUCGUAA